AUGCAUUACUCAGUUGUCAUCCAUUUUCGUGAAAGGAAAGGUAUAUCUAUGUUUUAUAUUUCAGAGAUGAUUAACAUAAUGAAGAAAGAACAGAUUCGGGGGGUUUCUGUAUGUCUGCUGCUUAGCUGUGCUUCUGCCCUUCUCAAUGAUGUUCCUGAGGAAGGUGAAGAAUAUACAAACAUUACAGAUGCUGAGAUGCCCCCAUUGAAACUUGUACAUUCAUUUUGUGCAAUGAGAGCAGACGAUGGCCCAUGCAAAGCAAUGAUAACGAGAUUUUUCUUCAAUAUUCAUACUCAGCAAUGUGAAGAAUUUAUAUAUGGAGGAUGUGAAGGAAAUCAGAAUCGAUUUGAAACUCUGGAAGAGUGCAAACAAAAAUGUACAAGAGGUAGGCUUUUGGAGACACUAUCAUCCAGAAACCUUUCAGAAAAGCCAGAUUUCUGCUUUUUGGAAGAAGAUGCUGGAAUCUGUCGAGGUUAUAUUACUAGGUAUUUUUAUAACAAUCAAUCAAAGCAGUGUGAACGUUUCAAGUAUGGUGGGUGCCUCGGGAAUCUCAACAACUUUGAAUCACUGGAAGAAUGCAAGAACACCUGUGAAGACACAUUGAAUGAUUUCCAGGUAGAUGAUCAUAGAACCCAGGUUGAUGCUAUGAAUAAUGCCUCCUUGACGCCCCAGCCUAGCAAGGAACCCAGCAUCUUUGAGUAUUAUGGCCCCUCCUGGUGUCUGACCGCAGCAGACAGGGGACCGUGUCAAGCCAACGUGACCAGAUUCUACUACAAUUCAGUCAUUGGGAAAUGCCGCCCAUUUAACUACAGUGGAUGUGGAGGGAAUGAGAACAAUUUUACCACUAAAAAAGCAUGUCUUAGGGCUUGUAAAAAAGGUUUCAUCCAAAGAAUAUCAAAAGAAGGAUUAAUUAAAACCAAAAGAAAAAGAAAGAAGCAGCCAUUGAAAAUAGUAUAA